CUCUCUCUCUCUCUCUCUCUCUCUCGUGCACACACGUUCUGUUUUCUUCUCUCUGCCCCAUUCGCUCAUGCUUGGAUCAGUAGACUACAUUAUUCUGCACAGCGACAGAGAGAGAGAGCUUUUUCUCUCUCUCUCUCUCUUUCUCUCUCUCUUACACACACACACACACACACACAUAGCUCUGCUCUGCUUUACACUUCCUGGUCCUCAAGUGCGCUCUGACUGUGUCUAAACACACACACACACACACACACACACACACACACACACACACACACACACACACACACACACACACACACACACCCCUCAACUCUUGAACACAGCUCAGAGUAGCACAGUAACAGGACAAGGGAAAGGAGGAGGAGGAGUAGGAGGAAGACCGGGGCGGAGGAUGUUGCCCUAGCAAGCGUCUGGGCCACAGCUGCACUGAAAAGGGGACUCGGGUUGUCCUGUCGUUCUCGUUCUCUUUCUCUUUCACACGUUCUUGUCGUCUCUCUCGCUCCGGAUUAACUUCACCAUGGAGUCUCCCACCAAAGAGAUCGAGGAGUUUGAGAGCACUUCGCUGAAGUACCUCCAACCAGACCAGAUUGAGAAGAUCUGGCUGCGGCUCCGGGGACUGAGGAAGUACAAGAAGACGUCACAGAGAUUGCGAUGUUUGGUGAAACAGCUGGAGAGAGGAGAAGUGUCCCUGAUUGACCUGAAGAAGAACCUCGAGUACGCAGCUUCGGUGCUCGAAUCUGUCUACAUCGAAGAGACGAGGAGGUUGGUGGACACAGAGGAUGAGCUCAGCGAUAUCCAGUCGGACUCGGUGCCGUCAGAGGUGCGUGAUUGGCUGGCCUCCACCUUCACACGUCAGAUGGGGCUGAUGCUGAGACGGACGGAGGAAAAGCCGCGAUUCCGCAGCAUCGUACACGCUGUGCAGGCUGGGAUAUUCGUGGAGAGAAUGUACAGGCGGACGUCCAACAUGGUGGGAUUGAGCUACCCUGCAUCUGUCAUAACUGUGCUCAAGCAUGUAGACAAGUGGACGUUCGAUGUGUUCGCUUUGAACGAAUCAAGUGGUGACCACUCACUGAAAUUUAUCUUCUAUGAACUUCUCACCAGAUAUGACCUCAUCAGCCGAUUCAAGAUUCCUAUAUCAGCUCUGGUGUCCUUCGUGGAGGCGUUGGAAGUGGGAUACAGCAAGCAUAAAAACCCGUAUCACAACCUCAUCCACGCUGCAGAUGUCACACAGACCGUACACUACUUAAUGCUCAAGACUGGUGUGGUGCACUGGAUGACGGAGCUGGAGAUCUUCGCCAUGAUCUUCGCUGCUGCUGUACAUGACUACGAGCACACUGGAACCACAAACAACUUCCACAUCCAGACCAGGUCAGACACAGCGAUCUUGUACAACGACCGCUCGGUGCUGGAGAGCCACCACGUCAGUGCAGCAUAUCGCCUCCUACAGGACGACGACGAGAUGAACAUCCUCUACAACCUGUCCAAAGAUGACUGGAGGGAGUUCAGGGCUUUGGUGGUGGAGAUGGUGUUGUCUACAGACAUGUCGUGUCAUUUCCAACAAGUUAAAGCCAUGAAGAAUUUCCUCCAACAACCAGAGGGAAUCGACAAACCAAAAGCACUUUCUUUGGUCUUACACACUGCUGAUAUCAGCCAUCCAGCCAAAAACUGGGAUCUCCAUCACCGCUGGACCAGCUCCCUGCUGGAGGAGUUCUUCAGACAGGGUGAUAAAGAGGCAGAGCUGGGGUUGCCAUUCUCACCGCUGUGCGAUCGCAAGUCCACCAUGGUGGCUCAGUCUCAAAUCGGGUUCAUCGACUUCAUCGUCAUCCCCACGUUCACUGUCCUCACAGACAUGACGGAGAAGAUCGUCACGCCGCUCAUCGACGAGGCCACACACUCCAGCCUGAGCGGCUUCCGUAGGUCAAGGUCAGGACCUGUACACUCUGAUUCUGUUGGAUCUCUCAGUAGCAUUUCCACAGCAGAAACGAAGCAGGUGAACAGCCCGGCUUCGGAAAGCAGCGCUUUACACAACUGCUCGCUGCUAGCUGUUGACCUGAAGAACUUCAAGGCCAUUUGGAACGAGCAAGUUCUUCAGAACCGCGAGAGGUGGAAGGCUCGUGCUGCCAAGGAAACAGAGGAGAAGGCCAAGCGUGAGGCUGAGGAGAGGUCUCAGCUGGAGGCAGGACAUGAGGGACAGACAGAGGCAGGGACGGACCAGACGGUACCAAAGAGUGAGGGAUCAGGACAGGAGCCAGAGCCCGAGGGGACGACGAGCGGUCCGAGCGAGACGGAAAAUGCAGAAAACACGCCAAGCAACACGCAACUACAUAAUGGUGAGGUGUCGGAGGAUGUGACAUCACCCGGAAGCAAUGAGAGUGAAGACAAAGCACUCGGAGAGAUGGAAAAGGACUAAAAGGAUGGGCGCUGGAUGGAGAACGACUGUACUGUUUAGACCUCUACAUUUGCCUCCUGCUCCUGUGUGUGUGUGUGUGUGUGUGUGUGUGUGUGUGUGUGUGUGUGUGUGUGUGUGUGUGUGUGUGUGUGUGUGUGUGUGUGUGUGUGUGUGUGUGUGUUCUGAAGCUCCACAGCACCCUCCGCUGGAUAAACCUGUGCUUAGAUUGCUUCCUUCUUUCAGAAAGACUUUCGAUUGCUCUCUGUUACUCCACUGACUCUCUUAAAGGCAGAUCCGUCGAGAAGGACGGUGUGUGAGGCGGCCGAAGGAGUCAGCCUUCCUUUCAUCGAAACUCGUCUGUCACAAUGUCUCAACGCCUGGACCGGCUGGGAAAUACGCAAACCAGCUGCCGUCACAUUCACUGGAUAUUUUUAUUUUUAAUUACAUUUUUUUGAUGUCUGUUAUUUUGUACGGAAAGAAAACAUCGAGUGCCUUCGUCUAUCUGCCGUUUCUCCACCACUUCUCUUUUUCGUUCUGUCCUUCUUCCUGUUUUUCUUCCAGCGUCAGCACGUCUGCUCGUCAUUUCUAUUAGAGGCAGAAGCUGACUCAGGUUGUUUCUGCUCUCUUAACGCCUUUGCUUGAGCUCAUUUCAUUCUGAACGUUAUUUAUUUGCUGCUUCCUGACUGCUCAGCAACCUCAUUCACAAAACAGCCAUUUUUUUCCAAUUUGCCAGCUGCUUAAAUUGCACCACAUUACACGAGGAACUCGAGUAGAGAGAUUUAAUGCAUUUCAAAUAAACUUAUUUAUAUACGUUCGUCAGAUGAACUUACCAAACAGAACAUUUUGCCUAAUUAAUAUUUGUUGCCUUAAUAAUAAAUAGUGUUUAUAUCUUACUUGUAUUUUUAAAAUCGCACGUCAUCUACGUGUAGGACGUCAGUGACCGGACGUGUCGAAACGACGUGAAUGACACGAUGAGUAAAAUAGUCAGCAAAGCGGUGGUGGAUGUGACCUGACACAAACCGAAGUUACUGUUAUACCACCUUUAAAUCCUGAGGAACUCUAAUAUUCCUCUUAGAACUCUUAGAAUUUGCCAUCGGCAUCGGUUAAAGAACGUCAAAGUCGUCGUACGUCAAAUUCGUUUUUAUCCGUAUACAGUACCAUUGACCUGAGAGUCAAAUAAGUUCCUGUCAUCCUACAUUCAUCGCUAUCUCUCAUUUGGAGUUAAACUACUGACUCGUUACUAAUCACUGACACCGGAGACUCCUUCCAGAAAUCUCUAUAGAGAACACUUGACCAUAUCAUGAAUUAAUUGACCUUCUGACCAAUCAGAUUCAAGGAUUCAGCAGCGCACUCUAUCAUCAAAAGUUUCCCAUUUCAAAAUGUCAAAAUUUCUAUCUGUUUGACUGGAAAACCUUGAAAAAAGAUAAAUUCAUCACAAAUAUUUUUAUAAUUCAAGCUGCCGUGUUUCCCAAAACUCUAAACGUUAUGAUGGGGGGAAAAAAAAGACACUUCAGAUUCAGUCAUGUGGAAUAUCGAUACAUACAUGGCAACAAACACUCGAAUGUAAUCUUGCUUUGUGGCUCUAAACUUUUGUGUGACAGUAUCAAAAAAAAAAAAAAAAAGUAUCAGCUUAUAAACCAUAACACAGUUUAUGCAUAACAAGUGGAUUACUUUAUACCGUUACAUGCGAAUUGAAAAAAGUACAACACACUCAAAACUUACAACACACUCUAGUGUAUAUGUGCAUUUUACUGGACACUCGAUCAAGAGAUCAAGCCUUCAGAAAAAGUGGUUGUAUUUUUUACAACCCGAUACACGUCGAUUCGCCUUCACGUGGUAUUACAGUCAGUAACGCUGCAGGACAGUCAGUAGCACCACAUGACUGAGGGUUGUACCAUAGGACACCUAGCAGGUCAGUCGUUCGCUCCACAGGAAAGUCAGUUGCUUUACAGGAAACCCAGUUACACCACAGGACAGUCGAUCACACCACACUAGAGUGGGUUGCUCCGAAGGACAAGCGGUCAUAUGGCAUGACAUUCAUUUGCACCACAUUACAGUCAGUCACACAGCUGGACAUCUGUAACAAAGGAGACAAUUAGUCACAUACGAGGAUAGUCAGUUGCACCGCAUGACUGUGGGUUGCACUACAGGACAGCUAAUCAGCUAUAAGGACAGUCAGUUGCUCAACAUUAAAGUCAGUGACUUUACAGGACAGUCAGUCACACCACACAAGAGUGGGUCACUCCAUAGGACAGACGGUCACAUCACAUGACAGCCAAACAGCAAGACAGCUGUACCGAAGGAGAGACUCAGACAGACAUGGAUAGUCAGUCACCCCACAUGUCAUGUCAUGAUAUGUUACACUGCAUGACUCGGUCCCACCACAAGGCAGUCAGUCACACCACAUGUCAUGUCAUGAUAUGUUACGCUGCAUGACUCAGUCCCACCACAUGCCAGACAGUUACACCCCAUGAUAUUUGGUGGCACGACAGGACAUGAUUCGGUUAGGACAGUCAUUCACACCACAGGACAACGACAGCGUCUUUUGUCCAGGUACACAGAUAGAUGAUCGACAACAACGACUACAUAUAUUAUAGCUGUAAAUAAAAUGUAGAUAUUAACCAUACCACUGUGCAGUGUCGGCAAUAUCUACAACGUGAGGCAGUGAAUUUCAACUUCUGGUAGUCUGUAUGUGAAAUACUGUAGCUCUUGUCCCUUUUUUCUUCAUUCAUCAUGCUGGUAGUGCUCCCUGCUAGACUCACUGACCUCUUCUGUCUUCUCUGCUGUAUGAUACGUUUAGAAAUUAUUAUGCAUUGAAAAAAAAAAACGCAACGUCAAAAAGUCGUAAGAACCCAGGGGCCCGAUUUGUGCUCCCUUGCGUGCUCAUAGACUCACUGUGUGAUUUUUAUUUUUAUUUAUGUACUUAUAUUAAUGUGCCCCGAAUUAGAUCCUGUAAAUAACUGUAUAGUUUAGUCAGAUUUUUUUUAUUCGCAUACUGUACACACAUAUUACUACAUGUAUGUAUAUUUAUGUAUUUUGAGUUAAAUGAACAAAAUGUUAGCACAUAAUGUAGACGAAGAAAGAUCUUUCUUUUUUCUUUCUUUCUUUCUUUCUUUUUCUUUUUUUUUUUUGAACCAUUUUAUGGGAAAAUGGUUUUAGUGUUUUUACUGAAGUCUGUAAUCUGAAUGGAUGUGAAAUGCAUUUAACACGAUUAGAAUUAUCGGAAAGAUUACCGCAGUGAGACUAAGAAAGAACAAAUUCCAGCCAGAGGGUUGAGAUCGUGUUUGACUGGAACGUCUACUUUGCUCGUUGGAAACCAGGUUGAUUUGUUUGUCACUGUCGAUUUUACUACGUAUUUAAUAAGCAGUACGUCUCCACUGUGCGCGCACACACACACACACACACACACACACACACACACACACACACACACACACACACACACACACACACACACACACACACACACACACACACACACACGAUGUCCUAUAAAAGCUUACCACAGUAACUAUACCAGCACUGAAACUGAGAAAAACAUGUUAGUUUAUUGGGGUCAUUAAACUCAGAACCAUGGCACUAGGAUCAUUUGAUACUUCAUGGUUAAUAUUUUCACAAUAUUUUCAAUACGAUACGCAAGAAAUGACACACUUUUUGCAGACAUGGAGUAAAGCACAAACCACAGCAGUUUGGCAAACUAUCAUGACUCCUUCACUAAAUGAUAACCAUUUCUUAACACAUGAUUUAAAAAAAAAAACCCAGCUACCUUUUCCCCUAAACAGACGCACAAAAAGUGUGUUCUAACAAAUUCACACUCAAAUUGUAGUUGUUGUGUUUUUCUUUUUUUUUCUUUUCUUUUCAGACAGCACUGAUGAAUUUCCAGCACUUACACAGGUACCAAACAUGUCAGCAACUAUUUAAUCGAUAUUUACAUGAGCUAGAAAUAUUACCAAAUGUCCAAGACACAUCUGUUUAGCCCUUACAUGAAUUCAUAGAGAUUUGUUGUGUAGUAUGUUUAGGCGAGGAAAUAAGUUUGGGAUUUAAAUUUACUUUAUAACGAUGAACAGAGUCCAAGUCUGGAUGAAGUGUAAGGGGUAAAAAUGGUUGCCAUUUGUAAUGUGAGGUUGUCCACCAGGGGGCAGUGUGUUUAUAGGACAGAAGGUUGGAAACUACCUGUGCUUAGACUUACACAUGUGCUGCAUGUACUGUUCAUGUACAACAGGCUUACCUGUGAGUGUGUUUUGCCAAAUGAACACACACUCACGCACACACACACACACACACACACACACAUUUAUUUAUUGCAUGUCUAUAUACAGUAGUAUGUCUGGGUACAAAAUGCUGCACUUCUGCAAGUAGUGUGUUUGUGUAUGCAGUUGUUUCAUAUGGACUGUGUGUGUGUGUGUGUGUGUGUGUGUGUGUGUGUGUGUGUGUGUGUGUGUGUGUGUGUGUGUGUGUGUGUGUGUGUGUUCAAGACACCUGGCCUUACAAAGCACUUCACAAAUUUGUAGCAUUCAUCAUAAUGUCUCACAUGCAUGGUGGUCUGUAUAUGGUGAUGUAAUUUGGGAAAAUUCUACAAGAAUUCUACAAUGUGACUUUCUGUGUGCUCCUGUGUGUGUGUGUGUGUGUGUGUGUGUGUGUGUGUGUGUGUGUGUGUGUGUGUGUGUGUGUGUGUGUGUGUGUGUGUGUGUUUGUGGAUGUUACUUACAUUAUACAUUCUGCUUAAAUACCUGUAUGUAAGAUGGCAUACAUUUUAACUAGGCCUCGGUGUGUGUGUGUGUGUGUGUGUGUGUGUGUGUGUGUGUGUGUGUGUGUGUGUGUGUGUGUGUGUGUGUGAGAAAGAGAGAGCUGACCUUGUGCAAUCCUAAACGCUGACACUGUGAUGUGCAGACGAGAGACAGAGAGACCGAACGGCCGUCAUUCACAAUAAACAUGAACUCAAAGG